AUGGAUUUAUUGGCCAGUAACAACGAAAGACGGGAUUUAUCCCCCCAAGUAACUGCUUGUCUUAGAGCUGUAACUGUUCUUUUAAAUUCUGAUGGAAAUUUAAUAAAUCAAAAAGGAGGGGGGAAUUUAAUUGAUGGAAGUGCUUCUGCUACUGCUUUGACUGAUCUAGGCAUUCCUCAUGUUGCCGAUAAUCCUUAUAAUGGGGAAACAAAUAUUGGAAUGGUGGGUUUUUUUUGUUUUUUUUUAAUUGAGAGAGGAGGAGGAAGGAUCUCCUUAUAAGAUAUGUAAUUAAAAAAUUGUAUUGAGGAGAUUGUUUUGAUGUUUUGGGGACAGCCAAACAUAUUUUAACAAAUUAGGAUUUAAAGAAGUUAUCUUUUAAUAGGGAGGUCCUCUGGUUGUUAUUUUUUGUUUAAAUUAUUCUUUAAAGGGAAUAGGGAAUUUUUAAUUUUAGUUAAAAUUAUUUAAAAAAUACCCAGUAAUUUUUUUUUAAACUAUUUUCUUAAAUUAAAUUUAAAAUAAAAAAUUUUUUUAAUAUUUUUUAAAUUAUUUUUCUAUACUAAACUUUUAUUUUUUAAAUAUUUAUUUCCUUUUAAUUUUUGUAUUUUUCUGCCUAUUAAAUUUUUUCUUUCCUUUUUUUUAAUUUUAAUUUUCCAUUUCCUUUUUAUUUAAAAGAGAAAAAUAUUUGACUUUAAAGAAUAUAUUGAGUAAAAUAUUUUAGUAGGUAAAGUACACAUAAAUUUUCUUUUAUUUAAAAAAAAUAAUUUUUGCCUCAAAAUAAUUGACCAGAUAAAAAUACUAUUAAAUGGCAAAGCAAAAGUGUAAAUUAGAAAAUAAAAAAGACGGAGAUUUUUUUAUUUUACUUAAGGCAUUUUUAUUUUUUCGCUCUGACGAUUUUUUUAUUAUUUUUAAUGCCGACAGAUUUUGCUCGUAUUACAUACACACACACAAGUUUUAUUUAUUUUUUUUGUUAAAAUAUUCUUUUCUUAAAA